CAUAAAUGACGUGCGGCGAGGAGGGAAAGGGGGAGCGAACUCGCACUCCGAAGCUUCCUCCCUCCCUCCCUCUUACAAUCUACGGGGACGGGACGGCUCUGAGCCCACCGGAGCUAGCCGGUGUAUAUAAACAAAGGCACAUUGCGCCGGCUUCGGCUCUCUUUAAAGUCCCAAGUUCUUACGGCAGCAACAAGCAAGAGACGCGGCUGCUCUCUACUAAUACUUCUACCCCUCGCCUCCUUUUUUCAUUUCUCUUUCUCUCCCUUCAAUGCCUCAGGAAAACUCAUUCUCUAGGGCUGGAGCUUCCUCGGAGCCUUGGGCUUUUUUCUCAGCAACGUCUCGGGACAGCGCUCGCUUGCUGUCGUUUUGAGAAUAAAGCGUUUGGCAAACUACAUGUAAAGACGGAACCGCCACAGAAACCGAAGCCCAGGUCGGAAAAGCCCUCUCUCGUGAGCCCUGGCUCCAGAAACAACGCCGCUGAGGAGGGAUCGCUGCCACCACGUACGCCUACACUUGCCCCAGCAGCAGCAGCUUCAGCCACCAUCCUGUCAGCCACCCCCACCAUUCAGCAAGCGAGCCACCCUCCAGAUAUGCCCUGUGUGCAAGCCCAGUACAGCCCUUCACCCCCUGGUUCAAGUUAUGCCGCUCAAACCUUCUCCUAUGGUUCAGAAUACAGUCCUGAGAUCAUGAACCCUGACUACGCAAAGCUGACCAUGGAAUUGAGCAGUGCUGAGAUCAGCGCCACUGCUACCACCUCUCUGCCCAGCUUCAGUACCUUUAUGGAGGGUUAUUCUGGGGGCUAUGAACUCAAGCCCUCCUGCCUAUACCAAAUGCAGUCUGCCUCCUCUUCUUCAUCACCUUCCUCUGCAAGCCAGAGACCCCUCAUCAAGAUGGAAGACAAUCGGAUGCACGGUUAUCACCCUUCACUUUCUCUAACAGUGGAUGAAGGCAUGGCCAGCUCCUCCAUGUACUUCAAGCAGUCCCCACCUUCCACACCUUCUACCCCUGGCUUCACUCCCCAACAGACCUGGGAUGAACCACCCUCACACUCUCUUUCACCAGCACAGACUUGCAUGGCCCCAUGCCACUUGGUAGACACCGCCCCUAUGAAAACUGUGCCUGGCCGCUUUCCACUUUUCCAUUUCAAGCAUUCACCACCCCAUACACCUACUGCAGGUGGCCACAUGUGCUAUGAUACCACUGCCUUGAGCCUACCUAUUGGAUCAGAUAGGCCCAAUGCUAGUCAAGCUGCUAUGGAAAAUCAUCCAUAUGGGCAUCCCUUGUCCAAGAGAGCAGCCACCUUAGCUUUUGCACCAUUGGGCCUCAAUGCAGCCACUUCCAGUCUUCUGGGUGAGAGCAGCAGUAGCAGCAGUGGCCUUCCCUCUCCAUCUAGCAGAAGUUCUUCAUCAGGAGAAGGCACUUGUGCUGUGUGUGGAGACAAUGCUGCCUGCCAGCACUAUGGUGUGCGGACUUGUGAGGGAUGCAAGGGCUUCUUCAAGAGGACAGUUCAGAAAAAUGCAAAGUAUGUUUGCCUGGCCAAUAAAAACUGCCCAGUAGAUAAGCGUCGUCGAAACAGAUGUCAGUACUGCAGAUUUCAGAAGUGUCUCAGUGUUGGUAUGGUAAAAGAAGUUGUCCGUACUGACAGUUUGAAAGGGAGAAGAGGCCGGCUGCCUUCAAAACCAAAGAGUCCUUUGCAGCAAGAAACUUUGCAGCCCUCCCCCCCAUCUCCUCCAGUCAGUAUGGUGAAUGCUCUUGUGCAAGCCCUAUCUGAUUCUGCACCCAGGGAACUUGAUUACUCCAGAUACUGUUCUACAGAACAAGCUUCUGCAGGUACAGAUGCAGAGCAUGUACAACAGUUCUACAAUCUUCUCACUGCCUCCAUUGAUAUAUCUAGAGACUGGGCAGAAAGAAUCCCGGGAUUUACUGAUCUCCCUAAAGAAGAUCAAACUUUACUCAUAGAAUCAGCUUUUUUGGAACUUUUUAUAUUGCGACUAUCUAUCAGAUCUGACACUACUGAAGACAAGCUUGUCUUCUGCAAAGGACUUGUACUUCAUCGACUUCAGUGCCUUCGUGGAUUUGGGGAGUGGCUUGACUCAAUUAAAGACUUUUCUUUAAAUUUACAAAGCCUCAACCUUGACAUCCCAGCCUUAGCAUGCUUAUCAGCUCUAAGUAUGAUUACAGACCGUCAUGGAUUAAAAGAACCAAAGAAAGUGCAUGAGCUAUGCAACAGGAUCAUGAGCAGCUUGAAAGAUCACUUGGCCUUCAACAGUCAGAGCAAAAGACAACCGAUUGAGUCUGCAGAAUCUAAGGUGCUUGGUGUCCUUGCUGACUUGCGUGCCCUCUGCACACUAGGACUGCAGCGGAUCUUUUACCUGAAAUUGGAAGAUUUAGUGCCACCUCCUUCCAUUAUUGACAAGCUAUUUUUGGACACCUUACCAUUCUGAAAGUCAAGUUUCCCUUGUGAAAGGCAACUACCUACCAGAGCAGGCAAAAAGAUUGGAAUUUACUAAUAACAGUGCUGCUUUUGUUAAAUGAGGGGAAAAAGUAAUUCCAGCCCUAAUCAGUGGACUUUUCCUAAUGUAUUUCUGUGCAAACUGAGGUCUAAGACAUAAUUUACAAUCUUGGAAAUGGGGAAUUUUAGGAUGGAAAGAUUAAAUGCAGGUUUGUUUGUUUUUUAAUGGCACUUUUUAAUGAUGCUACUCCAGCCAGAAAAAGAUGUUAAUAUAAUUGUAUAAAAGCUAUUCCAUAGCAUCUCUUCUUAUGUGGUGAGUAGAAGAUUGUCACUGCAAUGUGUUUGAAAACAUGAGUAAUAACAAAUAACUGAUUUGGAUAGCAUAUAUUUUAUUAAGCUAUAUCUUUAGCGUACUUCUCAUAGUAGGCCUCGUUCUCCUCACAUAAAUUAUUUUUUUCUUUUUUUUUUUACCCUUAACAAUGUUCAUCCAUGGUUUCAUAAAUAAGAUAUAGUAAAAUGACAAUGGCUGUUAGCUCCCAUGCUCAAGUGCAAUUUUAAGGUGCUGUCUUGCUAAGUCUUGUUUAUUAGCUGUAAUUUAUUUUAAUUCAAAAGUGAAGUGAAAGAAAUAAAAUGGAGGGAAAAUGGCUUUAUUACAUGCACUAAUUCCAUGACAAAGUUAUUCAAACUUUGGAUCAAUGUAGCAUGACUUACUGACAAGCAUAUUUUGACAGCAAGGCACUAAGCAAAGAUCACAUGCUUAUUCCUUGGCUGAUUAAGUCAAUAGCAAUGCAGAAUAACCGAAGUAGACAGGGUCGGCACGGAUAUAGUAAGGCUAGAACUGAGCUUAGCGAAUUAAUUAGUAAUAGAUUCAAGACAAUUUGGACGAACAAGUUUUGUAAAAAUAGUCUAAAUGUAAAUGCUAUGAAGGGUUUAGUGAACUGCAUUUUAAACAUUCCGUGUAUGUACUUUCCUUUUUUGUAUGUUUAUACUGUUAAUGCCAUAUUAAUAUGAAAUAAUUUGUUGCACAGUGUCUUUAUUUGUAUAAAUAUUUGUAUGCAUGACAUAUUGUAAAAAUUUGCCUCUAUUUAUUGCAGUGACUGCCAGCUCAUGGGAGCCUGUUACAAGAGAGACUAAAUAGUAUACUUACACCAACUCAGUUAUAUAAUGGGUAUGGGUAGUCUCACACACAUACACAUGUAUGUGACCUUUUUAUUAACCAGUUAAAUAUAAAAUAUGUAUUUCACAAGUAAAUCUGAUCUUACCAUUUAUUUGCAGUGACUUUUAAGGCAGUAAAAUUUAGCACUUUGAUAUUUAAA